GCACCUGGUUUCGUCCCCAAAUCUCACUCAAUCCCCAGUCCCGACACCCAUCCUCUCCACCGAAGUCACCACCGCAUGGACGACGCCGCGAAUCCCACCCCUCCACCAUCCACCUCCGCCGCAUCCGCGGCGGCCGCGGCGGCGCAACACCAGCAGCUCCAGCGCCAACUCUUCCUAAUGCAGCAGGCGCAGUCCCAUCCGCAGCAGCUGUCGCAGCAGGCCAUGUCCCGCUUCCCCUCCAACAUCGACGCUCACCUCCGCCCUCUAGGGCCGCUUCGCUUCCAACAGCCCCAGCCCCAGCCCCAGCCGUCCCACUCCCAGGGUCCAUCUCAGUCGCCGUCGCAGGCCACGCAGCAGGCGUCACCCCAGCAGCAGCAGCAGCAGGCGGCGGCGGCGGCGGCAGCGGCGCAGGCACAAGCACAGGCCCAGGCCCAGGCGGCACGGGUACGAAGCCCCGAGAUGGAGAUGGCGCUGCAGGACGCCAUGCGGGUCUGCAAUCCGGACGUCAAGACGCCCUUCCAGUCCAUCGAGGACGCUGUCAACAGGUUAUUACCUUACCAUGUUGUUGCCGACUAUGAGGCUGAAGAAGAUGACAGGAUCCUUGAUAGCGACACAACAGGCCAGAUCCCUUCUCGCCUGCAGCAAUGGGACCAUAAUAUUCUGGUGAAGAUUGCUGAGUUCACGACAACUUUUGACAAGCAAGUAUUGGCAUAUAACAUAAUGACCAAGAAAAGGGCCAUCGGUGAGUUCAGGUCGGAGGAGCGGCUCAUGCUGGAGCAAGCCUUAUUGCAGGAGGAAAAGCAAGCUAUGCUGGGACUGAGGGCAGAGAUGGAGUCGAGAGAGAAAGCUGGUCGCGAGGCUGCCGAAGUGAAGAUGCGUUUGGCAAUGGAGCAUGCUCGUGCUGAGGCACAAGCUCACUCUGAGAUGAUGAAUCAUGGUCCUAUAAGGGCCAGUGCUGUUGCUUCGCAAGGGGAGGAUGGUCCGAGUCAUGACAUGGUGCAAGAACAUGGCGAAGAUGGGUGGGGAAAUUCUCAGAGGGAUGAUGAAGAUCCAUCGGAGGAUUUCCUCAACGAUGAGAACGAACCUGAGAAUGGGAACUCAGAUGGGCAGGAGGACUGGCGCAGAUCUGGGGAGUUUGAUCUCAACUCUAGGUAAGGCAGUUGGAUUUCCACAUGAAGGUUUCUAGGUAGGCUACGACAUGCUGGUAUUGUAUCUACUAUUCUAUUGUUGUGUUCGGUGAAGAUGUCUUUGUGGCUGUAAACAUGGCAUUCGAACAAUUCAGUUUCUUUGUAAUUUGACUAGUAAUAUUUACUUGAGCACUCAAUAUGUGCCAUUUCCAACUUGGAGAAAAAAAAUUACA